AUGCAAAUAUCGGGAAUUCGUGUUGACUGCCCAGAGUCCACGAAUUUCCGAUUAUCAACCGAUAAAAGAUUGGGUGUGACGGCGUUUCAAUCUGUCUUUAAUUUACGAGUUUCAUUCGAAACUCAAAUCGCCUUUUCGCCGAACAACAAUGAAGUCCACAUCUUUCAGAAGGAAGGCAACGAUUGGAAGCAGACCAACAACCUUGUGGAGCAUGACCUGAAAGUGAUGGGCAUUGAUUGGGCUCCCAAUACUAACCGUAUCGUUACCUGUUCCGUUGAUCGUAAUGCUUAUGUGUGGACUCAAGAUGAGGAUGGCAAAUGGAAUACUACAUUGGUUCUGCUUCGUAUCAACCGAGCUGCUACUUGUGUAAAGUGGUCUCCAAUGGAAAACAAGUUUGCAGUUGGCUCAGGAGCUAGGCUCAUCUCCAUUUGCUACUUUGAGAAGGAAAAUAAUUGGUGGGUGUCUAAGCAUAUCAAGAAACCUAUUCGCUCCACUGUGACCAGUAUCGAUUGGCACCCAAACAACAUGUUGUUGGUGGCUGGUUCAGCUGACUUCAAAGUCCGAGUAUUUUCUGCUUAUAUCAAGGACAUUGAAGAUCAACCUGGACCAAAUGUUUGGGGUAGCAAACUCCCAUUGGGACAAUUGUUAGCUGAAUUCCCGAACUCUCCUAAUGGCGGUGGAUGGGUUCAUAGCGUUUCUUUUUCAGCAGAUGGGAAUAAAGUUGCAUGGGUGGGACAUGACAGCUCCAUAAACGUAGCCGAUGCUACUCAGGGCAAGGCCGUCAUUAAACUAAAGACUGAAUUCCUGCCAUUUUUAGGAUGCAGAUGGAUAACCAAUAAUUCCUUGGUGGUGGCAGGCCAUAGCUGCAUUCCAUUACUGUAUCACCAUGAGGAUGAUCAGAUAACCUUUGUUGCUAAAUUGGAUAAUACUCAAAGAAAAGAGUCUGGUGGGCUUUCUGCUAUGAAGAAGUUCCAGUCUCUUGACCGCCAGGCGCGCAUCGAGACCAAUGACACUUUACUGGAUUCCAUCCAUCAGAAUGCCAUUACUUCCAUCAACGUAUUCGAAGGCACAAAGGCGAAUGUGCACAAAUUCAGUACCACAGGUCUGGAUGGACAACUGGUCAUCUGGGACUUGAACUCUCUGGAAAGGUCUAUUGAGGGACUGAGGAUUAUUUAA